CUGCGCGACGCGGGCUGCUCAGCGGCGGGGCUGCCUUGAGGAGUGUCCCUCGUUCGCUCGCCUCCUUCCGCGCACCUGCUGCCGCCGCCGCCGCCGCCGGCAACCGCCGCCUCUUCCUUCCCCGCUUCCGGCCUGCCAGAUACGGCCCUCGCGCGCGGCACGAGCAGGCCCCGCUCUCCGCUUAACCCUCUCGUCGCCUAGCCUCUCCUUUCCUUCCUCCUCCUCCUCUUCCUCGCGCCCCGAGCGGAGCCGGUGGGCGGCGCGGCCAUGGCGGACACGGCGCAGAACGGGCCCAUGCAGGGAGGCGCGGGCGGCGGAGCCGUGGUGAGUUGAGUCCGGCGGGGGCGGCCUAGCGCGGCCUUCGCGGCCCUGCUGCGACCCACGGCGGGGCGGCAUCCCAACGCUCCGCCUGAGAGGAUUAUAUUUUAUUUUAUUCGAAACCGGCCUCACGCCUCUUCAGCCCCCGGCGUAGCUCAGUCGGUAGAGCCGGGGACUGUUAACCUCAGGGUCGUGGGUUCGAGUUCCACACGGAGGGCAAAAAGGCAUAGCUGUCAACUUUUCCCUUUCCUUGCGAGGAAUCCUAUUCGGAAUAAGGGGAUUUCCCUUAAAAAAAGGGAAACGUUGACAGCUAUGAAAAGGAUUCCUGCAUGUCGCAGGGGGUUGGACUAGAUGACCCUGCGGAGGGGUCCCUUCCAACUCUGUGAACUGCCCUGAGACUCCCUGGUAUAGGGCGGGAUAUAAAUUCAAUUAAUAAUAAUAAUAAUGAUAAUGAUAAUAAUUCUGUUCUUCUGUGAGUCUAUAAAUGCGCUCCCAUGUGGUGUUCUUUGUAGGGAGAGUUCUGAUUUCAGGUCGUUUCAAAUCUGUGGGUUGACUCCAGUAUUGUACCCUCUUCUUGUAUCAGGGCAAAUCUGCUCAAGUUCUGAGAUUGGGGGUGUCGUAGCUCACCCCCCCAAGCCCAGUUUUCAGGGCUACGAAUGAGGCAGUGUUAAUUGAUUAAGUUAUACACCACCUUUAUCUUCCAAGUGGCUUAAGGUGGUAUAUGUGGUUGUCCUCCACAUUUUCAUCCUUCACAGCAACCCUGUGAGGCAGGUUAGGCUGAGAGAUGGUGGCUGGCCCAAGGUCACCCAGUGAGCUUCACGACUGAGCAGCGAUUCAAACUGUGGCCUCCCAGGUCAUAGUCCCAACGCUUUAACUGUUCAUGUAUCAAUGGGCACAUGUGGGAGCAGAUCGACACAACUGCACACCUCCCCCCUCCUCCAUUGAGGGGUUAUUCUGAAUCUCUGAUAGUUGUGUAGAGGAGGGAAUUUGGAUGUCGGCAGUGGCAGUUUUGUCACCGUGACAGUGUCCCCUGUUUCACAUCUCCAUUAGAAGUUGCCCUCUCUUGCCUCUUAAUUGCCCUUGAGAAGUUUCAGUUCCUCUUAACUUUUUUAAUCUAAAGCUUCCAGGCUUGGCCUUUUCCUCUCCACUGCUGCAUUUGGCAAAGGUUUGUGGAACAGGCUGGAGGAGCCAACUCAGUGUCAAGAGUCCUAAGUUGUUCUGGCUGUUUUCUGAAACAUGGGCUAUGCAACAGAUGUUUAGGUUACUGCACUAGUACGUAGGUAUUUAGGAAGUUGUUUGAUGCUAAGACCAUUGGUUUCUUUAGUUCUGUAUUACCUAUACAGUGGUACCUCGGGUUACAUACGCUUCAGGUUACAGACUCCGCUAUGCCAGAAAUAGUACCUCGGGUUAAGAACCCGAGGUACUAUUUCAGGAUGAGAACAGAAAUCGUGCUCCGGCGGCGCGGUGGCAGCAGGAGGCCCCAUUAGCUAAAGUGGUGCUUCAGGUUAAGAACAGUUUCAGGUUAAGAACGGACCUCCGGAACAAAUUAAGUACUUAACCCGAGGUACCACUGUACCACGGAUGGGGAGCCCCUGGCUUGUGAGCCAAAGUUGGCUUGCCAAGCCAUUUUCCCCAAACCACAGACACCUGUCUCAUGCCUAACACCAUAUGUGAUGUUGGGUAUAUGGGAACGGGUGGCGAUGUGGUCUAAACCACUGAGCCUCUUGGGCUUGUUGAUCGGAAGGUCAGCAGUUCUAAUCCGUGCAACGGGGUGAGCUCCUGUUGCUCUGUCCCAGCUUCUGCCAACCUAGCAGUUUGAAAGCAUCCAAGUGCAAGUAGAUAAAUAGGUACCACUGCCACGGGAAGGUAAAUUGCGUUUCUGUGCUCUCUGGUUUCCGUCACGGUGUUCCGUUGCACCAGAAGCGGUUUAAUCAUGCUGGCCACAUGACCUGAAAAGCUGUUUUUGGACAAACGCCGGCUCCCUAGGCCUGAAGUGAGAUGAGCAUCACAACCCCAUAGUUGCCUUUGACUGGACUUAAUCGUCCAGGAGUCCUUUACCUGUGGGGCAAAAAGAAAUGUGGUUUGAUCCUUUUAGAAAUCAUGAAUAAACUCCCUGUGCAUCAGUUUAAUCCUGCUUGCUUUUGGUGCAGAAAACAGGCUUGAGCAUCAGCUGACAUAUAGGGAGUUAAAUCCUGCUGGGUCACUAUCUCCUUCCACUCCCGUGGGCAAAUUUUGACAACUGGGUGGCCCAGCACACUGUCAAAAGUGGUCUGCAGUGUAUGCAGAGGUAAAAAUCUGACUCACUGGGCCAAAAUUAUUCCCCUCCCUUUGCACACUGACUGGUAAAGAGACUAAAAAAUGUUACCUACAGCACAAGCUAUUGUGGGUUAGAGCCCAGGUCAUCAGCUGUUUCCUCAGUUGUCAGGUGUAUAUGCACGUUAGAUCUAAAAGAAAAAAAGUGUAAAGGUUGGAAUGAAGUGGCAGUAUGAUACCAAAACCAUGUAGUAAAUUCUUUUAUGGGCUGAAUCUGAGUGCAUUUGGAAAUUUGCAAACCAAUGAACUAAAAGCAUAUUUUGGAAAAGGGCAGGGAACUGGCAACAGUCAAGUUCUGGGCAAUUUGAUUCAUUUCUUGUCUAUGUAGGAUGGGUGUGACUGCCUCCCUGGAAACCAGAUUUACCUUUCCCCAUUUAGUUUAUAGGCAGGCAGGGCCACUGGCAAAAUGUUCAGGCUAGCUGAUAUUUCCACAUACACAUAACAACUUGCAACACCAUAUUAGUCAUGGUGAAAUGCACAAGCAGUUUCAUGCUACCGGUGGUAGUUCAUGCUGGGCCUGCUUAACUUGUGAUCCACUAAGCCAGAUGCAGACCACCAGCUGUUUAUUUGGACCCACAAAAUACUUGACAGCCUAUUUGUUUUUGCAAUCCUGAGCAGAAACCAACAACAAAAGCUUUUUAUGAGCUGCUGUUUCUGGCUGAUGGGGCUGCAUUUGUCUUGAUAGGUUUGCACAACAUGUGGCCCUUCAACAGGUGCUUUGCCUUGAUAGAAUGUAGUUGUAGUACACUUUGCAGUAUUGCAUUGGUGAAACUAUUAGCAGGCUGUGUCAUAGCUACUUCUAUCCUCUUUCAGGAAGUGUUUGAAUUGGACCUUUAGAUAGGAGUCAUACCUGGUGCUAGAUGGACUUCUGGGGAAAACACGAAACACUGAGUUCUGAUAGCUUCCUUAUCUUCCAUAAAAACACAGCCUAAAAGUUUUAUCUCCUAGCAGUUUAACAGAAGAAACCUUCUUUGGUGUUUUUUUAAUCACUGUCCCACAGUAUGGUGGUGACUUCAUUUUCUACAGAGUACUCCUCCCAGGGCAUUUUAUAUGGUAAAUGCCUGCACUACAAAAAAUGUCCUGAGAGUUCUUAAAGGUGACUGCAGCCACUGCUGUUGCCCUGACUGCUCAGAGAUGGGAGGGAUUGCUAGUUCAGUUAGUCACCACCUGUCCUAGCCAUGAGGCAAAGUAGAUAUCUUCAUUCUGUGAGCAAUGGAGGGCUAUACAAGGCUUCCUUGGAGCCUAGACCGAGUAGGGAUUGGUUUUGGGAUGUCCUGUUCCAUUCCAGAAGGUGGUGAAGUUCACCAGAACUGCUUCCUAGCCAUUAUCUGCCAUGGGUGCUAGCAGAGAGCAGCUGAGUUAUCCGUGUGGUUCUCAAAGAGCAGAUAUUCAAAGUUAACCCUCUUAAUUAUUUUUAUUUUUAUUUUAAUUUAUUGCCUGACCUUCACCCUAUGAUCCCCGGGUGGGUUACAGCAGUUUAAACUGUGACAUUAAAAACAGUUUUAAAAAUUUACAGUUACAAAAAUGCAAUCAUGAAACAUAGGUCUUUAGAAAUCUCAUAAUUAUGUCUUCCAAAUUUAAGAGCGACUGUGUGGAGAUUGCUUUUUUAUUUAUUAUUUACGCUUGCUUUUAUGAGAAAGCCAAAGUUUUGCGUUCUUCGUAUUGUCUGUUAUCUAUGUUGGUUCUGGAUCUGGUCAGUUUGGUAGGUAAUUGUUCUUUAACAGUGGGUAAAACAGUGGGUUGCUUUGGGAGGGUGGAUGGGAUAGAAAUUUAAUAAAUAAAAACAAUAAAUAAAUAUUUAUUCACUAACUACUUUUCCUUUCAUUACAGCAAUUUCUGAUUACUAAUAAGUUGGAUACAGCAAUGUGGAUUUCCCGUAUAUUCACAGUUUACUGUUCAGCUUUAUUUGUCCUGCCUCUUCUAGGGUAUGUAUAAUAAUGUUCUUUAAAGCAGUAGUGCCCCUGAUAUCCUUAGAAAGGACACUGCUUUUUUUAGCGACAGAAUGAAACAGAAAACAUACAUUAUGCUUAAAAGCUCUGUAUCACAUUUUAUAUGCAUAUACAGUUGUUCUAAUCCAGUUAAGGUUAAGCUUUUAUUACUUCCCGUCCAUUUUAAUACGAGAUAUCAAUCUAUAUUCUUAGCUGUCCAUUGGAAAUCAGUGUAGUGUGUAGAUGCGAAAUAUCAGUCAGUGAUAUGGGGCAGAAGAUUUUCCAGUGCUUUAUUUUUAUGUGGGAGUUUUAACUUUCGUUAAGUUCAUUAGUGACAACAAAAGGAUGCCCAUUUCAACUACAGUAUUAGGCAAGCUUAGCAAUUUCAAAGUUUGUAGCUUUGCUUACUGAAUGCUAAACUAGAUCACUCUCUAGGCCAUCAGAAAAUGUUUAAAUGCUGACUGAAAGAUUUCCAAUGCAAAUUAGCCUAAAUUUGCAUAGGAAAAAAUCCAGGAAACCUAUAUCACUGACUUUGGUUAGACUUUGACCAAUAUUUUGCAAAUAUGAGUGCUUGAUAUUUGGUUCUGUUUAAGAACCAACUUUACACCUGUCCAGUAAUCUGUACAUUAUAUACCUUCAGAUCAAGUGAGUGUCAUUUAUUGUUUAGGUUUUGAUAUUGUCAUUUAACUAGAUUCCAGUUACUAUGUUAUUAUUUAUCUGCCAUUUUUCUCUCCAAAGAAAUGUCAAAUAGAUAACUGCAUUGAAAAUACUUUUAAAUGGCAUUCUUCCCUCCCCCCACUCCCCCAAACUUGGCACACCUGUAGAGUUCAGUGCCAAGCGCCAGGAAUGCUUCUCAGACUGAGUAACAGUUACAUCUUGGCAGAGCUUAGCAGGGCGGGCUUCAGAGACUGAAAUGAUGAUGCAAUUCUCUUGGGAGGAAGACUUGAAGCCGCAACUCGGUUUGUAUGGUAACCUCUCCUUUGAUAAUUCUCAAGGUUGCAUGAAGCAGCUAGCUUUUAUCAACGUGCCUUGCUGGCAAAUGCUCUCACCAGCGCCCUUCGACUUCACCAAAGGCUACCACAUUUUCAGCUAAGCAGGGCGUUCCUGGCUCAAGCCUUGCUGGAGGACAGCUGCCACUACCUUUUGUAUUCCCUCAUCUUUGUCAAUUCCUACCCUGUUACAAGUAUCCUUUCUAUGAGUCUUGUAAUACUUCCAAUUCUGUAAUAGUUUGAUUGGGCUUUUGCUGUCGUAGAGUGCUAGACUUAAAUCAGGGAUUACUCCAGCUUGUACCUUUGCUCAGCCACAAAGCCUAAAGGGUGAUGAUGGGCCAGAUUCCACCAAAACACUAAAAUACCUAUUAAACAUUAAAAGCUUUCCUAAACAGGGCUGCCUUCAGAUGUCUUCUAAAAGUUUGGUAGUUAUUUUUCUCUUUGAUAUCUGGUGGGAGGGUGUUCCACAGGGUGGGUGCCACUACUGAGAAGGCCCUCUGCCUUGUUCCCUGUAACUCCACUUCUUGCAGUGAGGGAACCGCCAGAAGGCUCUCGGUGCUGGACCUCAGCGUCCGGGCAGAAUGAUGGUGGUGGAGACGCUCCUUCAGGUAUACUGGGCCAAGGCCAUUUAGGGCUUUAAAGGAAAGCACCAACACUUUGAAUUGCUUGGAAACGUACUGGGAGCCAGUGUAGGUCUUUCAUGACAGGUGUUAUGUGGUCUCAGCGGCCACCCCCAGUCACCAGUCUAGCUGCCGCAUUCUGGAUUAGUUGUAGUUUCCGGGUCACCUUCAAAGAUAGCCCCACAUUGUUUUCCAAUGUACUUCUUACAAAUAAAAAUGUUGGUGUGGGGGGAGCAAAAUUUUAUUCUGAAAGUGUGGCCCACAGGAAAAGGUUAGAGAACCACUGGACUGGAGUCAGGGGUGGAGGGAGGGGUACAGUGGGUGUGGGCUACCCUGGGUGUCACCACUGAGGAGGGUGACAAAAUGCCAGGCGGCACUCACCGCAGGGCCUGCAGCACGCCCAAGCCACAUGUCUAUCCUGGGAGAGACGCGGUGGCUUGGGCGCACACAGGCUCCGCGCUGCCCAAAGGGUCCACCCGCUACCUCCCCCCCCCCCAGCUGUAGGGCGGCUGAGUGGGAGGAGGCAGGCAGACUCUGGAGGCCCCACGGUGUGCCCUGCCCUCGCCCCUCCCCAAUGGGUGGCUUGCCUCCUGGGCACGCAACCCCAGGCGCCCGAGCUGCUUCCUCCGCCGCUGACUGGAGUAAUCAACUACAAGGAGGUAAAGCUCAGGGGAGAGGGGAGCUGAACUCUAUCUCUCCACCCCCUGCCUUAUGUGUGCUUUUUGUUGUUAGUGAAUUUACCACCUCAAUUCCUGCUUUAUAUAUGUAUAGGGCAGUCACACAAAUUAAGGCCUCAUCACCUCUAGUCUCACCCUAGACAGAAGAACCACCUUUAUUAACUCUUAUUUAUUACCUAUUGAUGUAAAGUACCUGAAUCAAAAUAAACAAGUGAGCUCAUAUUUCUUAGCCCCAUCAAUUUAUUUAAUAAGGUUGCAAUCCUAUACCUUCUUCUGCGAAGAUCUGUAUAGGAUUUCACUCUAAAACAUUGAUCUACUGAUUUUAACUCUGGCCCUACAUAAGUUAAGUACACACAAACUGCUGGAUGCCUAUACUUCUACAAGUGCAUACCGCUAACCACCAUUUUCAAAUUCCAUUCCAUGAUUAGGACUGUGUUCUGUGUCACUAAGUGUUUAAUAAAGCUACCUAACUUUAAUCACCUGAACCUUAAGGUCCAAACUUUUUCUCAUACAAAAGAAUCUGAAUUUAAAGCAAGAGAUCGCAGGCUUACAUGUUGACACAAGUGGACGAUGUGCUUGAAUAUUCAGACUAUAGUGUGAAAUAACAUGCGUGAGGUUGUAAUUCUCCUUAACUUUAACUUCAGUGAGUAUUUUCCCAGUUCUGUUGUUUUCUUUGCUUCACGCUGCCACCUACACAAAGAAGGUUCUUGAUGUAAGUAUGUUGUUAGUGUAUGAUCUUGUGCCCCUUACAUGCCACAUUGCUCUUUGUAAGGAGGGCAGGAUUCAGAUGAGACAUGGAUUUUUUAAGGGGUAAACUGAAAACUGGCAUCUGGCUAUUUUCUGCCACAGUUUGUGUAGCUCAUCCAGUUCCGCUGCUUCUAUCAAAGGGUUAGCAAGUAGGAAAGAAAAGGAUACGCGUGGAGAGCCAGAGUGUUUGAUGAGGACCGAGGAGACUUGGGUUCAAAUCCCUAUGCAACUGUGAUGCUCGCUGGGUGACCUUGAACAUUAUUCAAUGUAACCUCCCUCACAGGGUUGUUUGGGUUAAAUGGGGGCAGUGGGGAACUGAAACUGAAUAUUAGGUUGACCGUUUCCUGCAUAAUAAACAUUGUAGCAAGGUUUGCAAAAUUCUUCAGUUUUCCUGCUUAUUAUUUAGACUGCCUUUCAAGGUUUAUAAAAUAAUUAUAGCAUAGCUGAAAGUAUUCCCAAGGUUUGACUUUGUAUACAUAACACAAAGUUUCCUGACAUUGCUUUUUUACUCCCUUCUUUCAAGGCACGAGGUUCAAAUAGUCUUCUUUUCCUAAGAAAUCUCUUGGACAAGUUAAACGCUAACCAGCAAAACAUCCUGAAAUUUAUAGCUUGCAAUGAGAUCUUCUUGAUGCCGGCUACUGUGUUUAUGCUUUUCAGGUAUGAGAUGAAACAUUAACCUUUAUUUUUAUUCAGAUGGUGUUCUAUAACUGCUUGGGAAUACAGAAUCAGACUGUUUAUUGUUUAUCAUUGCAAUGUCCCUAUAAGGGACCGUCUUUGCAGGGUGAAAACUAAGGUUGGGUUGUGAUUUUCUCACCAUCUCCUGACCCUGUGGCUGUGCUGCUCUAAGAACCCUAUUUUUAAGAUGCACAGGGUUUGCUUGCUGACUAAUGUAAGGAUGGUUUCUUGAUCCUUAAGGCAAAGAUCAGCAUAGUCUGUUUUUGUUCCUUUGGAGAAAUUUUACUUUCAUGUGCAUGAAGAAAGCUCUGAUUCAGAUGCCAAAAAGAUAAUAUUGCAUUUUAAGUGCCCGUUAUUUUGUAGUAUUGUGUUUUAAUUUAGGGUUGUAUUCAAAGUAGCAUUAAGGAAAAUGUUCUAUCAGUGAAAUAAUUUCUCUUUGUUCAACAGAAUGUUCUGCCCCUCUCCUCCCACCGUGCACCCCCUAAUUCUGUUCUGGAGUUCCCCCAACCCUCUAGAGCAGAUUUGGGGGUGGAACAGGGUGUGCACAGGAGGAGGAGAGGGGUGAAGUCCUGUUGUGCAAGCGAAACUCACUCCCCUUGCACAGUUAUUUAUUUAAAUACCAUCCUUUGUAUCUAAGCCACCUUGCAGACCACUGAUGGAAGAAUGGCAUAUACUGUUAAUUUAUUAUAAUUUCUUAUUUAUUUAUUGAAUUUAUAUACCUCCCUAUACCCAGAGGUCUCAGGGGUGUUCACAGAACAAAAUCAAAAUACAAAACCACAAAAUAUAUAAAACAAUAAAAUAAAAACAAUACCCCCCCAAAAAAACCACAUUUUAAAAGGGCAAAGGAUGUCAAUCAACCAAAGGCACCUAAAGGUGUAUAAUGAAGGUGCCAGGCAAACGUCCCUGGGGAGAGCAUUCCACAGACGGGGAGCCACUGCAAACUUCCAGGUACCAUUGAAUUCAGUGGAAUUUAUUUCUAAGUAAAUAUGCACAGAAUUCUGCCACAAGGCAGCUCCUCCUAGUGCAUGCUUGUCCGAGAGAAAGGUCUACUGAACACGGUGGAUUUGCUUCUGAGUAAACAUACACUAAAGUUACAUAAUUUCAUUGCAGGAGGAGCAACACUAGUUCCUUUAUAAGGUUUUAAUGUUUCAGCCAUCUUGACACAUUUUAUUUAAUGAUCUGCGGCUGCCAUUCGUCACAGUGUGUGCAUGUCAAAUACUGUGUGAAAACAUUUAUUUAGUUGUAAGGGUCUUUUGCAGGUCAAAGCAGUUACUAUGUGUGAAGAAAAACAUAAGGUGGUGUCUUAUUGCAAAUCCUACACUGUAUCCUUUUAAAUAAAUCUACCCCUCCACCACCCCACCUUUUUUCUUCUGUUCUUUUCAGUGGGCAGGGAAGCUUGCUGCAGCCAUUUAUUUACUACAGAUUUCUUACACUCCGUUAUUCCUCCCGCCGAAAUCCAUAUUGCCGGUAAGAAACCAAUUACGAUUUAAAGUUGUUGUUGUCAUCAUCUGUAAAUACAGUGCUUAAACAGUUGGCUCCUUGGUGUUGCCAUAUGAUGGACUAAAAAGAGGAGUUAAAGGAAGUAAUUAAAAACAUGAAGAUGGGAAAAUCACCUGGCUCUGAUGGAUUCCCAGCAUCCUUUUACAAAACAUUUAAGGAACAAACACUUCCACAAAUGGCCAGGCUAUACAAUGAUAUUUUAGCCGGUAACCUACUUCCUGCAACUUGGAAGCAUUCAAGAAUCAUAGUUAUUCUCAAACCUCACAAGGACUCCACCAAUAUCAUACCAAGCAAUCUCUUUAUUAAAUCUAGAUUAUAAAAUCUUUACAGCCAAUCUGGUCAAUAGAUUAAAAACAUUUGUUGGCAGCUGUAUACAGACAGACCAAUCAGGGUUUGUUCCAGGGUGAAGAGUUACUGAUCCAAUAAGGAAAUUAUUGAACAUUUUUAUUUCAUUAGAAAAAAUCAUAACCUUUAACAAGCCUCUCACUUGAUAUUUUAAAACUAUUUGAUUGUCCAGAACCAAAUUAUCUAAUGGAAAUAGUUAAGAAAUGUGAUUUUGGCCAAAAAAAUUGUAAAGGCUUUCGAAGGCAGAUAUAGAUAUAGAUGAUAUAGAUAUAGAUAUAGAUAUAGAUAGCAGGCCACAAUUAGAAUAAAUAAUUCAGAUUGCUCCCCCCCCCAAAUGUUUAGUCAUAGAACAAAACAGGGAUGUCCUCUGUUGCCCAUUAGUUGUCUUAAUUUUAGAAACAUUGGUAAUCAAAUUACAGAAUGCCCUCUCUGGUAUGGGAAUGGUUUCGUCCCGUAAUGUUGUGUGUUUAAAUGUUUUUGUACUUCUGCAAACCUCAGAAUCUCUCUGGCUAUGGUAAUAUGGCUAUGGUAAUGAAGGCAGCUCUGUUUGGGGAAGUUUUUAAUGACUGAUGUUUUAAUGUAUUUUUAAUCUCUUCUUGGAAGCCGCCCAGAGUGGCUGGGGAAACCCAGCCUGAUGGGCAGGUUAUAAGUUGUUGUUGUUGUUGUUCUCCUCUUCCUCCUCCUCGUUAUUAUUGAUUUUGAUGAAGGUUUGAGUGAGAUGUAGGAGCUACUGUUGCAAAGAUAUUUCUGUAAAAAGUGUCUGUUAUUUUCAGAACCCUCUUCACGGAACUUCGGAUUGUCGUUGAGCAUGUCAUCAUGAAACCGUCCUGCCCGGCGUUUAUACGAAGGCUCUGUGUCAGCAGCAUUUCUUUUAUAAGCAGACUGGCACCAACUGUUGCAUAGUCAACACUGGAAACAUGCGUAUGUUUGUCUGAUGAACUUUCUAAGCAGCUGGUAUUUCUGCUGGUGAUUUAUAAAUUCUGGAUCUCAGUCAAGGUUGUAUGGAAACAUGUUUUCUUCCAAGAGCCUGUUCUGUGAAUUGUAUCCUAUAUGUUUAAAAAGUCUUGUUUUUCAAGAUGUUUCCGUGCUUUGUGGAAGAUGAACGCUUGCCAUCUUAGACAGAAUACUUUCCAAUGCAAAACAGUGGUGACAACCCUGCAUUGUACAAUAUGGCUUUUGUGCUGUCAUGUAUGUCCUCUUCGAUACUGAAUGAAAAUACUUAUUCAAAAAAAUAAUAAUGUCCAGGCAAUACUAGCUGGAUUGUGUCUAACAAGCUAUAAGCUGUGGCUGCAACAUAACUAGUAGCCUCUUAGGGGUACCUAUUGAAAUCUCUACCCAUGCGGUACAUUUGAGUCAGUAUUCCUUCCAUUCAGUAAAUGAGACAGGCUUAGUCAAUUGAGUAAAUCAUUGUGGUCAAUACAAAUCAAUUGGCACCUACUUCAAAUGUGAACAGUAGAACGAAGCAUCAAAUUUAAUUGUUCUGAUUUAUUUAAUGCUUUUGAAAUGGAAAGCUCUCCACCCUUCCCUAAGCACUUUAUUUCUUUGUAAAGUAAAUAUUUCUCUAGAUCAUCUCAAUGCCCUAUUUUUUUCCUGUCUUCCAAAAAGCAGGCUUCUUAAAAUGCCACUCUUUGAAAAGUCUGAAUAAUAAAGAUGGAUGUUACAUUAAUUUUCAAUAUAUAUUGGAAGUGUUGCCCUUGUGAGGUAAUUCUUAAAGUUCAUGCAGUUAGGCUAGUUCCAAACACCAUUGCAUACUCAUGGUGCAAUGCUAAACAUGGCAGUAGCUGUAAAUUACAUUAUGACAUAGGUCUGCCUUUCAAGUUUUGAGCAUGAAUCUUCUCUCUUCCUCCACCUUCAGUUUAUAUGCAUGGGCAUAACUGCAGAUGUGUCGGACCAUAAUGUGAUGUAGGCAUGUGUCUCCUGCUCCAUCCCUUUCUCCUGUACACAUGGUCAGGAAACGGAGAGGAUGUGAUUGUGGGAACACAGCUCUGUUGCGACCUCAUAGGACUUCUGUCUCUGUGGGUGCUGCGCCUGCACAGGGAAGCAUCCUGCCCAUCCUGCUGAAACUAGAGGAACUAUUUUGUAAAGCAGAGGUGUGGAAACUCUGGCCUCCCAGAUGAUGUUGCUCUCCAGCUCGCAUCUUCUUCAGCCAGCAUAGCCAGGGGUCAGGGAUGAUGGGAUUGCUAGUCUAAGACCUGGAGGGUCACAAGUUUCCCACCACAGGAAUAAAAUAAUAUUGCAUUACCUCUUCCCUAGAGAAGCGCUCUUCCACUAAUUGUAGCUUUAUUUCAGUACAAGUGGGGCUGUUGUCUUACAAAGCAGAGGUAAUGGGAAGUCUGGUCAUUUGCUAUUUCAGCAUACCAAGAUGGGGAAAAAACUGCACAAACUGGUUCACUUAACUUCAGCAACCUAAUAGUUUUGAUUCCCAUGAUAAGCCGGUUAUUGAAUGUCCUGAGGACUGAAGAGCAUUUUAAACUGAGUUGCUUCACAUGUGCAUAACUUGCCUUCUUCUUUUUGAAGCAGAGCUGACCAACUUUUUAAAAGUUUUUCUGUAGUCAACCCACCUGCAACUGCACACACUCGUAUGCACAGGUACAUAGCCCAUCCCUUUUCAGUUGAUCCUUGCAGAUCUGCUGACAAAAGGGCUGUUAGCCCCUCUCUGCUUCUGAAAUGGUAACUGGGGAAGGGUUAUUUUCAUAUCCACCAAGAGUCUGGGCAGAGAAAUUUAAGCCUUUCUGAUCACUCCAGUGACUACUUUUUUUUGUUUGUUUUCAUUUUUUAUGUCACCCCCCCAGAAAAAAAUAUGAGUGUGGGUGUGUUUUGGGGAGGCAGAAAAAGUUGGGGUUUGGGGGGCGGAGGGCAAUCAAUUUAGGCAUCUGUUUCUAACCAAACACCUUGGUGUUUAUUAAAAUUCUUCUUGGACUUGAGGUUGGGGGUUGGUGUAGGCAGGUUGCUGUUUUUCCUGCCCCCCACUCUCCCAGUUCCUAACUAUGCAGGAGUAUUCAGUUGUGUGAUAUUUCCCAGCCGAGCUGUUUGUGUAUACUUGGUCCGAAUCACGUAAUAUUACUUGGACCACUCAGAAUACAACCUGUUCCUGAGAAAUACUCAGGAGAGGUUUUGCAUAAUGAUAGCUGAUGGUUUAGCGAACACAUGUCCUAAACGCGCAACCCAGUCUGGGUUUUUCCUUGUGAUAAAUCCCCACUAAGUGUUCCGGGCUUACUCUUGAAUGUGUUCAGCCCUUCUUGAGCCAGGGAUAGUAAGAUCUAAAAGGCAUCCUAAAAAGGGCCAGGAAGUAUGUAUGUUACAGGCAUAGUCUUCUAUGAUAUCUGAUGGAGAACUUGCGCUGGGGAGAUAUGUAAACUUGUGUGGUUGUGUGUGUGCAUCUUCUCCUGAAAUGGAAGGCACUGCGCUGUCAGCUUGUUGCUAUUUAUGAAGAUUAAAUUAUUUUUUUCCCAUUGAGUGCCUGCAUUUUAGAAUUGAGGAAUUUGCCCAGGCACUAUACUUACUCAUUGAUUCUUCUAAGCCACUUCAUGAUUUAGUGUCUUAACAACUGCAUGAACUGAAUGAUACAUUUAAAUAAUUUGGAACGUUGCCGCUGUUUUUAAAACUAUGUUUCCUUGUAACUACCUUCUUUCUUUUUGAUUAAAUGUGAAUGUCAUUUAGAUUGAACUCAUUCAUUAGCUUGUCGAUAGCCCACCCUGUGCAUUGCUUGCUAAAUUUCCGGGUAUGGACAAAUGCAGCUUUAAAAAUGGCUGGUACGGCUGGUUGAUUGCACUCCUUUUAGCUUUUUGGCUCAUAAACAUCUACUUAUAGGGAAGGCGCACACUAGUGUGCAGGAAUGCUUCAUGAGUUUUUUCAUCUAGGCUCUCUUGCUUUGAGGAUUUUAUAAAAAUUUCUACAGCAAUAAAGUGACUGUUGCGGUGGUAGCCUGGAAUGAAAUGUCUGAACCUAUUUUAACAUUAUUUGUAGUUGUAUGUUGAAUCCCGAGGCUUGGAGUAUAAUUCCAUUAGAGGAAAAGAAACACAACAGAGUCCUCACCCCAAUCCAGCUGCAACUGCAGGCAACUAAACACACAUAACUGGUCACUCAGGAAUGUACAUCUGCAUUCUUAUGAAUCUCAAUAAACAUAGCUUUGCCGAUGGGCUGCUGCAUCCAGUCCUCACCCACAAUGCUCAGUGAUCACGCUUGCCAAGUCAGUGUUUGUAUGUCAUUAUCUAUCUAUCUAUCUAUCUAUCUAUCUAUCUAUCUAUCUAUCAUCUAUCUUUGGAUUUCUUGGAAGACUGUUUUUCAGAGCCUUCAGGAUUACACCCCUCCCAGAACUAUUACUUAAUCAAGACAACUGGUUCCUGAAUAUGAUUUUAAAUGUUGGGAUUUACAGCUAACUCAAUUCCAUUAGCGUUCUAUAUUUUAUAGCCUUCUAUAUAAAAGUUGGGGUGCAAAGAUCUGUUUAGGUUCCAGCCAAGGGUCUUGCAGAUCUAUUACAAACAGUUUCUAAAAGUCCCCUCCAAUUUCAAAGCAGUGUACUGAGCAGCAGGGGGGCAGCAGUUGAGCGGCAGAGCUAAUCUUCUACAGCCCCUCCCCUGGGCUCCUAGAAGUUGUUUUGUGGUAAUUGAAUCUUAGCCAAAGGCCUUUGGAGAAUGAAAAACCUUCCUUCAUACCCUGUGCCCAGAGCUGUGUAUACUCUCCGCUAAAAGUAGAAAUUUGCAUCCCAAAAGACGCAUGUGAGGUCCUCUGAAACAUAUGCAAAUGAAGUAUAUUUGCAUAAUUUCUCAAGUAACUCGAACAUGUUGGCUGUUUUUCAUAACUCUGGUAUUGGUUAUGGGGGUCCGACCUGCCAGCACUGCAAAAUGGGUGACCCUGUUUAUACUACGGACCAGAUCCAAGGGAACAUGUGCAGAGCAUCAUCUAGGUCUGUGCAUGUGGGGCCUUAGCUGAUGCAGGAAACAGAUGGGUGCUAAAAAAGUCCUUUGUCAGCUAUUGGGCAGGGAAAGGGGCUGCACUGGUAUUGAAUCCAGUUCAAGCAGCUGUUUUAGAAGGAUUUUAGCUUCCUGCCCAGCCCCAUAUGUCAGAUUGGGCCCACCUAAGAAUAGACGCGCACAGCCCUUAGCUGAAUCAAGUUAUACUGGUCUGUUCACAUAGUACAUUCCGUAUAUUUCCAUGCAGAAGACCUGCUCCUUCCUUGGUAACGGCGCCAUUUUUAGGUGGCAGAUUGCUGCUGCACCCUGGCUGGCAGGGGCUAAGCAUACAUUUCAAAAAACCAAUUGAAAAAUUCAUCACUUUCCCUGUCUUCGAGGACUGAGGCACAAAAUGCUAAUGCCGGCCUCAGAGGGGAAAUAGUUCUCCUGCAUAUUUGAGAAAAUGUGAAACCCUUUCAAGGAAAUCUAAUAAACAUAAUCAUCGCAGCCUGCUGACACAAAGGAAAAAGGACCUCAUUCGCUCUUUCUUUUUUAUGCUGCAAUUUAGUGGCCCCUGCUGAUUUACAAAUUGGAUCACAACCGUAAAUUAUCCAUGCCAGUACCUGUGGAAGUAAGCGCUGAGAUCCAUAUUUAUUUGGAGUUCUGCUUAAAUCAGCAAAAAUGAUAAAUUCGAUGGUCUGAAAUUGGAAAUACCAAGGGCUUUCUGGAAUGAUUGUGCAAAAUGUCUCCGCUCGUAAUUUAUUGUGACCCUCUUUCAUUCACGACGCUCUGUAUGCCUAAUAUUUAUUUCAGCGCAAAUUAAAUUGCACCCUCCUAUGUUGUCACA